CUGCUGUUUGCAGAUCAUACAAGUGCACUUGCUUAUAAGUAAGCCGCCAUGUAUGCGUGAUAGUUUUGACCAGAAACUGUUAAAGAGCAGCAUGGCAUGCUGCUCUUCACGAAACGUCAGGUUUCAGAACGAUCUCGAGAUCCAACACUUGAAAGCAAGCUCCUUGGAGAGCCCAUCAACGAGCAGAAAGCAGAGCAAAUUACCUCACGAUCCAAGGAAAUGCAAUCUACGCUCCCGGGGCUGCCCGGAGAGGUCGUGUAGAAGCCUCAAGGACAGGGUGCUGUCGCGGGCGUUCUCGGAGGAGCUGGACUCGCUGAUGCACUCAGGCAACCAGCUUCUCUUUGACCCCCGCGGCCGGGUGAUCCACCUGUGGAACAAGAUCUUCCUCACGGCGUGCCUGUUCUCGCUCUUCGUCGACCCCUUGUUCCUCUACCUCACUGGGACACAGCAGAACAUGUGCAUCGAGUUCAAGUACUCCCUGGCGCUGACGCUAUCCAUGAUACGAUCGCUGCUGGAUGUCUUCUACGCGGUCCACAUCUUCCUCCGCUUCCGGACGGCCUUCAUCGCGCCGUCUUCCCGGGUGUUCGGGAGAGGGGAGCUUGUGAUUCAGCCCUACAAGAUUGCCAGGAGGUACCUCUCAUGUACCUUCUGUUUCGAUCUCAUCACCGCACUGCCUCUACCACAGUUUGUGAUCUGGGUUGUCGUGCCUAAGAUGAAGGAAUCUGCAACGGCAAACCGGAAGGACAUCCUUCGCUUCAGCAUCAUCUUCCAGUACCUCCCCCGGCUUUUACAGAUCUUCCCGCUCACAAGGCAGAUCGUCAUGGCCACCGGAGCCAUGACGGAGAACGCAUGGGCCAGCGCCGCAUACAACCUCAUACUCUACAUGCUCGCAAGCCAUGUGCUGGGAGCCUUGUGGUAUCUCUUCUCGGUGCAGAGGCAGGAAGCAUGCUGGAGAGAGGCGUGCCAUCUGGAGGCCCCCAUGUGUCAGACUGAGUUCUUCGACUGCAAUACUGUCAGCAGCAACAGGACCAUCUGGUACGAGCUGAGCAACAUAACAAGCCUGUGCACUCCGAGCAAUAGCUUCUACCAGUUCGGGAUUUACGCAGAAGCGUUUGACUAUAAGCUAACGACGUCGGCGUUCACGGAGAAGUACUUCUACUGCUUCUGGUGGGGACUAAAGAACCUGAGUUGCUUAGGACAGAACCUCGCGACAAGCUUGUUCAUUGGAGAGAUAACAUUUGCAAUCGUCAUUGGUGUUCUUGGGCUGGUCUUGUUUGCCCUGCUCAUUGGCAACAUGCAAUCUUACCUCCAAGCAACGAUGAUCCGGCUAGAGGAGUGGCGGACGAAGCGGACCGACAUGGAGCGUUGGAUGCACCACCGGCAGAUACCCCAGCCGCUGAAGCAGUGCGUGAGGAGGUACCAGCAGUACAAAUGGGUGGCCACCCGGGGCGUCGACGAGGAGGCCUUGCUCAAGGACCUCCCCAUGGACAUCCGUCGUGACAUCAAACGCCACCUCUGCCUUGACCUCGUCCGAAGAGUGCCGUUGUUCGACGAGAUGGAUGAGCGGACGCUGGAGGCCAUCUGCGAGCGGCUGCGCCCGGCACUGUAUACCCGGGGCACACGUCUGGUGCGCGAGCUGGACCCCGUGGACUCCAUGCUCUUCAUCAUCCGGGGGUACCUCGACUCAUACACGACGCAGGGUGGGAGGUCUGGUUUCUUCAAUUCGUGCCGAAUUGGAGCAGGGGAGUUCUGCGGAGAGGAGCUCCUGACAUGGGCGUUGGACCCGAGGCCCUCCGAGUACCUGCCACGGUCCACGCGCACUGUGCGGGCAGUGUCCGAAGUCGAGGCAUUCGCACUCGUCGCGGAGGACCUCAGGUUCGUGGCAUCACAAUUCCGGCGCCUACACAGCGCGCGGAUCAGGCACAGGUUCCGGUUCUACUCGCACCAGUGGCGGACGUGGGCGGCGUGCUUCAUUCAGGCCGCAUGGCGCCGGCACAAGCGUCACCGAGCGUCCAUGGAGCAGAGGAUGCCCGAGGCCGGUGACGCGCGGACAGGAGGGCGAGUGAGGUGUCGUCGUCACAGUAUCGACGGCAAGGCGCUCAAGAAGCCCAUGGAGCCAGACUUCACAGAAGAACAAGAUGACUGAAUUGUUUUUUCCUUGUCAUUUAACUUGAUCGGUGUAACAGAAUUGUUGAUGAGUCUUACUGCUUAUAUUCUGGAAUUAUCGGUUUACAUUUCUUGCUCUAA